CAAUGGAUGAUGGACGUAGUGACGUGGCUCCAAGAUGGUGUCUGGUUGCCGGCGAUGCUGUUCCUGAUGUUAAUGGCAGCGGUGCUUCUGGCUGGUCGCGGGCAAGACACCUGGUUGCUCCCGCUCCCCCGAGUCCCGCCGCCGGUAGCGGACGGAGCACCCAGCUCAUUCCCGCUCCCCGGUUCAGACCGCCGCAGAUGAGGGUGAAACGGCUCGAGCUGUGCUUCUCGCUGCUCUUCGUCGCUUCUUAUUUCACCAACAAGUAUGUCCUUUCGAUAUUGAACUUUACUUAUCCAACACUUUUUCAAGGAUGGCAAACAAUCAUGGGAACUGUACUACUUCAGGUAGCCUGGAAGCUAGGCUGGCUGGAGAUGAGAAGCACAUUUUUAUGGUCUGCCAAGGUGUCCUGGCUGCCUGCUGUCUUCAUGUUUGUUGGGAGUAUCUAUACCGGUUCCCGGGCACUGUCUAAAUUGCCUAUUCCCAUUUUCUUUAUGCUUCAGAAUGCGUCAGAAGUCACUGCUAACCUAAUCCAGAAAAUUUCCAAAAAAGAGAAGCUGCCUUGCACUACAACCAGCAGCAUGCUGGUGAUUUUCACAGCUUCUGUCAUCUUACUGUGGAAUAUCUUUAAGUAUGAAUCAGGCAGCUUCUUCUGGGCAGUGACACAUGUUACUUGUGCUGGUGGAUACAAAGUAUUUCAGAAGUUAAAGUCUUGUGCACUAAGCGAACUUGAGCAACAGUACCUCAGCUACCUUUACAGUAUGGUGUUCUUGAUCUGUGCUGCUUACCCUUCAGGUGAUGCAUUUGAUGUCCUGACAUUUCCAUUCUUCACCUCUUACAGAUUUCAUAGUGGUUGUUGUGCCAGAUGUUCCACAUUAACUGAGGUUUUCCAACUUGCUACCAAUCUAGUAAAUAUUUUCCAGGCAAUGAGGUGUGACAAUUUUGUCGACUACGAUGCUCAGAAUUUAAAUGGCAUUCUGGGAGUGUCUCUGCAAGUGGUCUCUGUGAAGUUGAAGAACUGUGUGUCCACAGUAUGGUACAGUUCAUGGAUGCUGGUAACAAAGGUUUUGGCUGCAUGCAUGUCAUUGGCUGUCUUUCAGUCUGAUUUGAAUAUUGCGACAAGUUGCUGUCUCGUAUUGGGAGUACUCGGAGAAGCCAUACUUAUUUAUACCUCGAUGAAUGGACCAGAAGUGAAGUGAUGAGAACAGACCCAGGAUAUUUCCCUACAUAGAUCUCUCUCAUUCUCUCUCACAAACGCUCUCACUGAUUAUCGGUUUUAAAGGAAAAGGAAAUGAUGUCCUUCUGUGCAAGAGUAUUUUCUGCUUCCCAUCGUUGCUUUACACAGACCUAUGCCUUACAUAGACCUAUAUUUGCCUAAUGUAGAUCUCUCUCUACCACAUUGUUUGACCCCCGUUUCACAGAUUUUAGCUUCCAUUGUUCACCAAUUAAAGCGACAAGGAGACUGCAGCAUCGAAGCGAGUGCAAAGGGUGACUGCUGCCGCUUGCCUUUUGAUUGGUUGCUCUGUACCGGAGAAAGGAGAGCCUACCACUGCACUCAGAAGAUGUUGCCCAGGUUAUUUCUGUGUUUUGGAUGUGGACUUGAACUAUAGACUCUUUUUUCAGUCUUAUAGCUUGUAUAUUCUGUGUUUUUCCCCAAUUUUCUCAGUUUAUUUUUCCAGCGCAGAGGGGCAUUUGGGGCUUGAUGUGCCUGAUCCAUUUUGCUUGGUUUUUGUACAGGAGCGGGGAUUUGGGGAAUACUACCUGUUCCGUUUCUGUUUGUUUUUUUGACAGGGAGGUGGGAUUUGGAGAUUGCUGAUCAUGCUGCCUUUCUUCUCUUUCCUGGUUUCAUGAUUACCGGGAGAAUUGACGAAUUUCAGAGUUGUAUACUUUGAUAAUAAAUGAACCUUUGAAUCUUUGAACUAACCAAUGGUAUUAAAGGGAAGGAAAUGAUGUGCUUCUGUGCAAGAGUAUUUUCUACUUCCCAUUCAUGGAUGUUACCAAACGACGGAAAAUCACCACCAGUGAUUCCCUCAGAACUUGAAUGCAGAACUUUUUACCUUGUUGUGUGGCAGCCUACAGAAGGAGAUAGAAGCAUAGUGUACCUUCUCUGCAUGUGAACAUGUACUCGCCUGUGUAAACUACCAUGUCUUUACUGUCCAGUCUGUACUCCCCAGUCUGUCUUUUCCUGUCAGCACCUCCCCUGUCCAUACUCCUUUGUCUUUACUGUCCUGUCUACUCCCCCGUCUGUACUGUCCUGUCCUUACUCCCCCAUCUUUACUAUC